UUCAGAUCUUCAGAGAGGUGUGUGUGUGUAGUUCAGAAGACACACACACAGAGGAGGGCUGGCUGCUCUUUUCUUUUGUCUGACCUCCUCUGCAAAAAUGCACGCCUCACCUCUAUUUCCUCAAGUUUCCUUACAACCCAUAACACCUUUCGAGCCGUAAAUUUGACAAGCCCUUCCAUGUUUGAGGGAAUUAACGGAAGAUUAUCAUUAGCUCUUCAAAACAUCCCGGAAUGUUCUCUAAAAAAACUCAUGGAGAUGUCAGGAAAUCGACACAGAAAGUGCUGGACCCCAAGAAGGACGUGCUGACAAGACUGAAACAUCUGAGAAUCGUUAUUGAAAAUGCGGAGCCUGCUGAACUCAAACACCUCUUCGAGCUGAAUUACUCCCACAUCUACUAUGUGUUCUUUGAAAACUUCGUCACCAUCGAGGUUAACCUGAAACAGAAAGGUAAGACCUGCGGCUCUUCGUUGUAUCUCUCACCCACUGUCUCCUAUGAAUUUGUUCCUCAGAUUAAACUACUGUGUUGCUUCAUAGGUCUCAUUCUGAAGAAACUGCUACACACAGGAAACUCCCUAAAGAUCCGGAGGGAAGGGGUGCGUCUCUUCCUUCUGUGGAUGCAGGCUCUGCAGCACAACGCUCUGAGAGAGCAGCUCUGGAUCUUCGCCUGUCUAAUCCCUGGAUUCCCUGCACCACAGUCCGAGCUUGGCCCUAGAACCCUGGAUAAUCUGAUCAGCCCUCCCCUUAACCUUCAGGAGCCUCAAGUGACCCCAGAGGAGAUCAGUCCCCUGGUGCCGCCCCAGUCAGGAGACAAAUCCCAGGAAGAUCUAACUGGCUACUUCCUAGAGGCUCUACUAAAAUACAUGGUAAACCAGGCCAAAAGUCUCAAGUGGAAGUGCAAGGAGAACCACGAGAAGGGGUUUGCCUUCUUGUUCGCCAAUUUCAAAAAGUAUUACCUGCCCCAUAUCUUCCCCAACUUCUCCAAGGAGACCAGUUUGUACAAUCCAAUUCUGGAGGUUCCACCCAUGAGACCAAAGCCUUACUACAUAGUUGUAAAAAGAGACCCAGAGACCAAUGAAGCCCUGUACUGCACUAAAGAGAACUUCCUCAAUGCUAGAGUCAUAUUUAUCCGCUGGCUAGUCUCCUUCUGGCUGGAGCCGCGGUCAAACACAGGAACACACAUCCCUGGCAUGGAAGGAGAAAACGUGCCAAAGAACAUCCAGAGAGCGGCAGCGGGCCUGGCUGCCCGAGGGGAGGAUGGCGGCCUGAGACCAGAUGGUCUGGAUGGGGGUGGAACUGGCGAACCGGAGCAGUCGCACUCCAACACCAGCACCCUGACGGAGAGAGAGCCCAGCUCCUCCAGCCUCUGCAGCAUGGACGAAGAACACCUCACCGACAUUGAGGUGGUGCGCCGGGUCCUGUGCUCCUCUAGAACCAAUGUCAACUUUAUCACCGAGAUCUUUCGACAGGCGUUUCUGCUGCCCAUGUGUGAGGCUGCAGCCAUGCGUAAGGUGGUGCGGGUGUAUCAAGAGUGGAUCUCUCUGCAGGAUAAGCCUGUGUUUAUGAGAGAGCCAGAGGAAGACCGAUUCACAGGCCAGCUGGACUCCACCCACGAGCAGAGAACUGAUAAAGAGGAGGAGGAUAUUGGGCUCACGGUGUCCGUUCACAAUCGAAACCCUAAUUGGUGUAGUAGGAAUUCUGGGAGUAAAUCCUCUGAUUCUGAGGUAUUGGAGUAUAAUGUCCAUGCUGGUGUCCAGGCCACACUACAGGUUUUCAUCACCAACUCCUCCAACGUCUUCCUUCUGGAGGCAGCCAAUGAGCUGAAGUCACUUCUGGAAGAGCAUGUUGACAUGUGCAAGCGUGUGCUCAAUAUAUACCGCAGUCUGGUCAUGCAUGAAACCAUGAACCAGAAGACCUGGGAGCAGAUCUUGCUGGUGUUGCUAAGGGUAACUGAGUGUGUGAUGAAGAGGCCUCCAUCUAUUAUGCCUCAUGGGAAGAAGAGUAACACUUUAUCGGGCCGUUUGGCUGGGGCCAUUUUUCAGACUCUGAUUGUGGCCUGGAUCAAAGGGAAUCUGAAUGUGUACAUCUCUCGGGAGCUGUGGGACGACCUGCUGUCUGUACUCUCAUCUCUCACCUGCUGGGAGGAGCUGGUCACUGAGUGGUCCCUCACCAUGGAGACACUUACCAAGGUACUAGCACGCAACCUUUACAGCCUGGACCUGAACGAGCUGCCCCUGGACAAGCUCAGUGAACAGAAACAGAAAAAACACAAAGGCAAAGGUGGCGCCCAUGAGUGCCAGAAAAUCACUGUGGAUAGGUCGUUCUCCAAAGGCUGGAGUCGAGACCCACCAGGCCAGGCUGCUGCCAUGAGACAGCGCAGCGCUACCACUGCUGGCUCACCAGGCAUCGAGAAGGCCAGAAGCAUCGUCAGACAGAAGACAGUGGCUCUGCGUAGUUGCUCUACGGGGGACAGUCUGCUGUCCUCAGCCUUUAUCCGCAGUGCUAAAAGCGCACCUGUCCUGAUCCACCCCGUACACCCUCUCCUGCCUGAUUCUGUCCUCACUCCCCUAGCUGACGAGCUGUCAGACCUGGAGGAACCUCCCAUUGUCCAGCGCGGGUCGCGGAUCCGCCACUGCUCUCAAAGUGAGGAGACCCCAACGUCCGAGGUGUUUUCCGCCUCCGGUGAGCUGGAGCAGCCUCCGCUCCCCCGCAGCAGCAGCGCCUCUGACAUCAUGGAGCCCUUCAUCGCAGAACGGGUCAAAGGUGCACUUCCUGUCUCUGACAGUCCCUCUCACUCCUCCCACUUUACCACCACCACCUCUGAGUCCCCCCACAGUUCCCCGACCCCACACCAGCUUACUGACCCACACCAACCCCCCGACAACCAGGCAUCCCUGGAGGUGGGCGAAAGCAUCUAUGACCAUCUCUGCCAGAUGCCAGGGCAGCAACCCCCCUUUAUCCCUGAUUGGUCCUGUCCAGCAGUGGCCUCGACCAAUCAGAUCGAGGGAGAAGGGGAGGAGGACGUCUUCUGCGCUUUUAGAGAGAUUCGUAGCAAGGAGGACAAAGUGGAAGCAGGUGUAGAUAACAGGCAGGUGCAGUUUGGAGGAAGUGGGGAUUGGGCGCUAGAAUGGGAUAAAGAGAUGGAGCAGAGUGAGAAAAGUUUGUACGAGUGCUUAGAAGAAUGUGAUUGGGAUUUAAGUGUUAGUACGCAGCCAGCAGAGGGCAGCAAAGUCACGCAGUUACACCGGCAGAACGCCACAGACAGGGCUAGCGAGAGUGAGCUUAGUCCGCAGGCUUCCCAGGUUGUACCGAGGCCCAAGCUAUCCCAUCUUGACCCCAAAAAACGCCACAGCGGUGGUGUCCACGUCAGCUUCCGCCCAUCCACAGAGUCUGUGCAGUUUCACAACCCUCUGGACCCCAAAGAGGCGCACUGGAAGACCCGUCUCCGCCGUCUCGGCCACUUCAGCAGCCACUCGGUUGGGGCGAGUGGGGCAGCGGCCAAGGGUGUGGGGGAGGGGGUCACCUGUUGCGAGGCGGUCGAGCGGGAUAGAGGCUCCAUCAGCGGGGCUAGACGCGGCCGACUCGGCCGCCCGACUCUCCGCCCACGGGGGUCCCGUUCUAGGUCUCAGGAGUCAGGGUGCAGCCCGUCACGGCAGCAGCAGGUGGCGCUGUUGGGCGGGGUGUAUAAGUCUAUGGUCCAUGCUCUCUCCAAACCCAAGGCCCAGGCAGCGUCGCCCCAGCGUCACAGCAAAGCGGCUGCCCCUGAGGCCCACCUGAAGGACCUGUACACUCACGUUAUGGGCUAUUUUGGAAGAAAAACAUCAGCCAAUAAAGAUGAGCUGACGCCGAAGAUGAGGCCCAUGUCCAACGAUGCUGGCACCAGCAACCCUAAUGUCAGUGACCUCAUGGACGAGUUCAUCCAGGAGAGACUGAGGGCCAGAGGCACUUCUGGCAUGACAAGGCGUGGCAGUAGCCCAGGAAGUCUGGAGAUCCCCAAAGAUCUACCAGAGCUCCUGAACCGUCAGAACGCCACGCGUCCUGCAGACGACCCCGGUGUGCCCUCUGAGUGGACCUCCCCAGCCAGCGCCAGUGGAAGUGACCUCAUAAGCUCCGACAGCCAAUCAGAUUCCUUCAAUGCUUUUCAGUAUGACAACAAAUUUGAAAAUUUCAGCUUCCCCCCUGAAACAUGUACUCUGGCCUCUGUUGAUCAGGAUAGUUUGGGAGGAGCAGGUCAGACCGCAGAGGAACAGGAGCUUUCCAGUCUCACAACACUCCACAUUGACUCAGAGACCAGCAGCCUCAGUCAGCAUGGCCUGUCAGCUGACACUGUCACCAUUACUGGUUCUGAGAGCGCGUCUCCAAUGCACUCUCUGGGAGGCUCACGAUCACAGACGCCAUCCCCCGCCACGCUGACUGCCGAACACGUCCAGCAUAAAGAUCUACAGCUGGAUGAGAAAAUGCACCACUCUGUGCUGCAGACCCCUGAUGACCUUGAAACCAGUGAGUUUCCGACAGAGGACUGCAGUGUGAUGGCUGGCGGCACUCUGACCGGCUGGCAUGCUGAUGUCGCCACAGUGAUGUGGAGGAGAAUGCUAGGAAUUCUGGGAGAUGUCAACUCCAUCAAGGACCCCGAGAUCCACGCACAGGUCUUUGACUACCUCUGUGAACUCUGGCAGAACCUGGCCAAGAUCAGAGACAAUCUCGGGAUCUCUCUUGACAACCAGUCGUCUCCACCCCCGCCGGAUCUGAUUCCACCUCUGCGGAUUCUGACUCCCUGGCUUUUCAAAGCCACUAUGUUGGGCGAGCGCUAUAAGCAGGGGAAACUCCAUGCCUAUAAGCUCAUCUGUAAGAUAAUGAAGAGAAGACAGGAUGUUUCACCUAACUCUGACUUCCUUACGCACUUCUACAACAUCAUGCACUGCGGCCUGCUUCACCAAGACCAGGACAUUGUGAACACCAUCAUUAAGCACUGCUCUCCACGCUUCUUCUCUAUUGGACUUCCGGGUGCCACUAUGCUCAUCCUGGACUUCAUCGUGGCAGCGAGUCGUGUAACUUCCUGCUCGUCCCUCAAUGCUCCACGGGUGGAGGCUCAGAUCUUGUUGGGCUCCCUGGUGUGCCUCCCAAACUUGUACAAUGAACUUCCUGCCCUGCACCCCACAACGGCUGACAUCCUCAUGACGAAAUUCACAGAUGUCAAGGAGCAUAUAAUCAAGCACAUCCUGACCUCUGCCAGAGAUGAGCCUUCUGCACCAGCAAGGUGUGUGGCUCUCUGUAGUCUGGGUAUUUGGCUCUGUGAAGAACUGGUUCAUAGCACUCAGCAUCCGCAGAUCAAAGAAGCGCUUAAUGUCAUCUGUGUCACUCUCAAGUUCUCAAAUAAAACCGUUGCUCUGGUGGCCUCAGACAUUUUGCACCUGCUCAUCAAUUAUGUGGACGAACUGCAGAAAUUCCCGCCUGACACUCCAAAGAAAAUAGUGGAGGUCCUUAUUGCAACCAUCACUUACCUUCUUCCAGCCACAGAGUCCUCCCCUCAUGAGCUGGACAAGAGGCUGGUCGUGUCUCUGCUGCUAUGCUUGCUGGACUGGGUGAUGGCUCUACCUCCAAAAACUCUCCUGCAGCCAGUCCAAGGAGCCUCGGACAAUGAAAAAACUGACAAGUCCAUCCUCAGCUGCAUCUAUAAAGUCCUCCAUGGCUGUGUAUAUGGGGCUCAGAGCUUCAGUAACCCCAAUUACUUCCCCAUUCACCUGUCAGACUUGAGCAGCCCAGACUACGACCCCUUCCUACUACUGGAGAACCUGAAGGAGCCAGAGCCACUUCAUUCACCCGAAUCUGAACGCUCCUCUAAACUGCAGCCCGUCACUGAAGUGAGGAGUCGUAUUCAGCAGGGCCUGAUUUCAAUUGCGGCGCGCACGGUCAUAUCCCACCUGGUCAACCACCUGGGUCACUAUCCGAUGAGUGGUGGUCCAGCCACUCUGACCAGCCAGGUAUGCGAGAACCAGGAUAACCCAUACAGCGAGAGCGCAGACCUGACCCCUGAACUAUUCGACACACCCAACUUACAGUUCUUUGUGCUCAAUGGCACCACCCUGCUGUCCUAUCUACAGAUCCGGGCAGAGGACGGCCUGCCCGGUGGCGGGAUGUCAGCUGGCCUCACCACCACCAGUGCCUGCGUUCGGGUGAUCGUGAGGGACAUUUCCGGAAAACACUCCUGGGACUCUGCUGUACUGUAUGGUCCACCUCAUUGCAUCACUCCUAGUCAAACUUUGCAACUCUACUCAUCCUCCAAUCAAGCAGGGGGCGAUAGAGAAUGUGGCCGAGAUGAGGACAGUCUAGAAAGAGGCAGUCAAGAAGAACCAGAGGAUGGUGAUUUUCAGGAGAACGAGGAGGACCUGGAUGAGCACGAGGAGGAUGUGAAAGAAGACAGGGAGGAGGAAGAACUUGAGGAAGAGGACGAGGAGGAAGAGGCAGGGCUGGAACUGAUGGCCCCACAGGCCAAACGGCGGUGCAGAGAGGUGAUCCCAAGCUGGGACUCCCUGCAGGAUGGGGAGGACGCCCUGGAUGAAAUGUUGCAGUACCUGGGAUACUCCAGCCCAGAGUGCCUGCAACGUACUGGCGCACCGCUCAACAUUCCAGCCCCGCCGCCCACCUGCGUGUCCGAGAAGCAGGAGAACGACGUCAUCAACGCCAUCCUGAAGCAGUGCGCCGAAGAGCGGGACUUUACGCUGCAUUGUGGAAAUGACCUGAACAUGAGGGCUGUAGUACAGCAAGAGCCAAGCCCACAGAGACCACAGUCGGCCUUUUACUACUGCAAACUGCUCCUCAACAUACUAGGCAUGAACUCCUGGGAGAAGAGGAACAGUUUCCACCUGCUGAAGAAGAACGAAAAACUACUGAGAGAGCUGAAGAAUCUGGAUUCAAGGCAGUGGUAUGUUAUGCCACUUUUUAUCCAGUGUUGGGACUUUGUGUCAGGCCUGGGCUGGGAGGUGAACCUAACGAGUCAUUGUGGUUUCAUGGGCGGCCUGCAGAGGAACAAGAGCACGGGUUUGACCAUGCCUUACUUCGCCACCUCUACAGUUGAAGUAAUGUUCCACGUUUCCACACGCAUGCCUCCAGACUCAGACGACUCGCUCACUAAAAAGUUAAGACACUUGGGUAACGACGAAGUGCACAUCGUUUGGUCCGAGCACUCGCGGGACUACCGGAGAGGCAUCAUUCCUACUGAGUUUGGAGACGUGCUCAUCAUCAUCUACCCCAUGAAGAACCACAUGUACAGCGUCCAGAUCAUCAAAAAACCCGAGGUGCCGUUCUUUGGUCCCUUGUUUGAUGGAGCCAUAGUGGAUGGAAAUAUCUUACCCACAGUGGUGCGAGCCACGGCCAUCAACGGCAGCAGAGCUCUGAAAUCCCUCAUCCCUCUUUACCAAAAUUUCUACGAAGAGAGAGCGAGAUAUCUGGAGACGAUAGUCCAGCAACACUUGGAACCGACAACGUUUGAGGACUACGCAGCUCGUGUUUUCUGCCCUGCACCUUUCCACCAUCUUCCCUCUGAAGCAGGCUCAUGCCUCGAGAGUCAGCUGGCCGAAAGUCCAGCAAUACAAGUAGACGGGAGCGACUUAGCCUCGCCAAUGUCACCUCGUGCUAGCAAGAGCCGGAUGUCCAUGAAGCUUCGCCGUUCCUCGGGCUCCGCCAACAAGACUUGACCUGAGUGAGCAAAAACACACACUUCACUCCGGAACUCCGCCCACUGCACUGUCAGAGACCAACCACGCCCUCUUGCCUGCAGUAGCCACGCCC